GACGCGGUGCAGAUCCUACGUAGAAUGCUGCCGGCUGGGGUGAUCAACCAUACAGACUUUCAUCCCCUCCGCGACCGCCCAAUUGCCAUCAGCAUCGAGACCAAGAGCCGAGGCAGGGCGCAGUCAGAGACAGCCGAGCUACAGCUGGGCACAUGGCACGCAGCGCAUUGGCGAUUCCUAGAAGACCUUAUUUCUCGCACUGGUGGCUCUCUUGAUGGCUUGCCCUUUCUGCCGGCUGUGAGUGUGCAAGACCAUGGCUGGAGCUUUGCGGCUAUGAUAAGGGAGGGCCACAGGACCGACAUGUGGACAGAGUACUGCUUUGGGUCGACGUCUAAUGUUGCUGGCGUGUAUGAGGCGAUGUGGGCG